GUCUGAUGCUGCUGGUGGAACCAGAAGAACGUUCGCUUGGACCGUUAAUCUUCAAUAAUAGAAUCUUAUCGAUUAGGGUCCCCACAUACGCACUUGGAAAAUUUCCAGCUCUGCUCUGUCAAAACUGUCACGUGCGUUCAGUUGCUAUGUCAGCUCAAUAGCCACCUGAGCCACACUGCCCAGCCACAGUCCGAGCAAACGCUGCUAUCGAUAAUCAUCUUUCGCCGGUCAUUGAACGCCACCAACUAGUUACAUCCUGCUCCUUGCUCUUGGUCCGCACGCCAGUUGAGCUGGAAUAACGAGUCUUCGCCAUGCCUCCCCCUCAGAUUAAACAAGACCUCAAUAGGUCGGGAUGGGAAACUACAGAUUUUCCCUCUGUGUGCGAAAACUGUCUGCCCGAUAACCCUUACGUGCAGAUGUUGAAGGAGGACUACGGCGCAGAAUGUAAAAUUUGCACUCGUCCUUUCUCUAUCUUCCGCUGGAAAGCGGACCGCACAGCACGCACCAAGAGAACCGCGAUCUGCUUAACCUGCGCCCGUCUAAAGAACUGCUGUCAGUGCUGCAUGCUCGAUCUGUCAUUCGGGUUGCCCAUCGUGGUCCGUGAUGCUGCGCUGAAGAUGGUAGCACCGGGCCCCGAAAGCACAAUCAACCGUGAAUACUAUGCGCAGGAACACGAGAAGGAAAUUGAAGAAGGACGCGGUGCGGUCGAAGCGUAUGAGAAGACUGAUGAGAAGGCGCGUGAGCUUCUGAGGAGACUGGCAAAUAGCGAACCUUAUUAUAGAAAGCCUCGUCAACUGGAGGCUCCCGCCGACGAAGAGAGCGAGAAACCGUCGUCCGACGCACCGGUUGUACACAGUCGUUAUGGCAAUGCCCCGGGGCCCAUCCGCACAAGUGAUAGCAGAAGGGGUACACCAUUACCUGGAAGAGGGCGUGGGAAUAUGCGUGGAGGUCGUGGCGGCCGCCCAUUCCCCAGCACGGCUCAAUUACCCCCAUCACAAGAGGAUAUCCUCCCGCCUGCAGAUCCGAAUGUUACAUCGCUGUUUGUCACUGGUGUGGAGGAUGAUCUUCCUGAGCAUACGCUACGUACCUUCUUCUCGCAGUUUGGACAGCUCCGGUCGCUGGUUUGUUCUCACCGCGCUCACUCUGCGUUCGUCAACUUUGCUACUCGUGAAGGUGCCGAAGCGGCUGCGCAGCACUGUCAGGGCAAGGCUAUCAUUCAAGGAUGCCCACUACGCAUUCGUUGGGGUAAGCCUAAACCCUUGGAUAACAUGGAUCGCGAAGAACGAAUGAAGUAUGCUCGUGAAGGCCGGUCGGCCGCGCCGACGGCGAGAGGUUCGACCUCAGGUAAUAAAACAAUCACCGCUGCUGGUGAGGAUGCUGGCAAGCAAGAGAAACCGCGGAAUUACGUAGUCGCUCCGCCCCCCGGUAGUGGCGAGGUUCAGUAUUCUAGCUUGACUGGCGAAUAAUUGCACGUUCACAUGUUCAUAUAUCGUUCUUGGGAAUCAGGAGGCAUCAUUUGUAUAUUCAGAGCAGGCGUUGUUAUGUGUGUGUGUAUUUCUUGCUACAUUUAUAUCUUCAAUCAAAAUACCCCAAAAGACGCCGAAGGAGAGAAAAGUCGGGUAUACUAUAAUACAACGCAAAUAUGCUACUGUUAACCUGUCUAUCCGUACCGUAAUUGUAGGAAGUCCUCUAUCAUAGCAACGUCUAGGACGAACAAGCCUUAUGAAUCUUGAUGUCCUUCCCCGCAUGCUUGAUCGUAUCGUUGUCACCACGCUCGAUAUCAUCGUGAAUCCGAAGUUC